AUGGAUUUCUUUGACACGCGCUAUUUUAGGAUUAACAAGUUCUUCCUGUCUUUCAUCGGUCUGUGGCCAUAUCAAACACCCUUCGUAAAGCUUCUAACUCAGUCGUUCGCCAUAUUUGGCGUUACAAUAAUGUGUGCGCCGCAGAUCGCAUAUAUGUUCAAGCAUGUGGAUGAUUUCGAUAACAUGUUCGAGCUCAUGCCAAUUUUAGCUGGCACAGUGAUAUGUAUUGCAAAAAUCAUCAGUCUGACUUGCAAUUCCGAAAUGUUUAAAGGGCUUCUACAACAUAUGCAAGAUGACUGGAACAAUCUAUUGACCAGUGAGGAAACGCAAAUUUUAACGCAUUAUGCUGAAAAAAGUCGAAAGCUCAUGUUGGCGUAUUCAAUUAGUGUAAUCGGAUUUGUAUUCUGCUACGCUUUGCUACCUCUCACCGGACCUGUAUUUGACAUAAUCUUACCCCUGAAUGAAACGAGACCGAGAAAACUACCACAUCUCGCAGAUUUUGUUAUUUUCGAUCAAGAGAAAUAUUAUUACGCACUUUUGCUGAUCUUGUAUGUUGGUUAUGUUGUGUGUGUCUCGAUCGCGGUAGCUGCCGACAUUUUGUACAUUUUCCUAGUGGAGCACAUUUGCGGAAUGUAUGGCAUACUGUGUUGGGCCGGACAAGAAGUGACCGAUCAUAGUGUCGAAGUCUCGAUAGCAGCUUAUGAUGGAAUAUGGUAUAAUGCUUCCGUAAAGGUGCAAAAAUUAUUGUUGUUUCUAAUCGUGAGGAGUCAGAAAGCCUCCCAAAUAACAAUCGCUAAGUUAUAUGUCAUCAAUCUGGAAGGUUUCAGUAAUGAGAACAUCGGUUUCCUAUUGCACGGUAUUGAUUUCACUACGCUAACCAUCAAAAAGUGCAUAGAUUUCUGCAAGAUUUUCCACUCGCGUAUAUUUUCUAGUCUUUCGUAUGCCAACAACUCAGGUGUUAAUGUAUGA